UUUCCUGUUCUGCUCGCACUGGAACUCACUCGCUCUUUCGGUCGCUGCACUGUGGAUUGUUAAUGUUUUCAUCAUCGAGUGUUAGUAAGCUAAAUAGAGGCUGACGAACGCAGAUGUUCUGACAUUUUCCAGGGCUUUGCGGUACCUGGGCUGUUAAAUCUCAGUGUGAUGCAUUCGCUGAUGCAGGAGAUCCAGGGUUUUUCCAAAGGGCGUCUGAAGGAACAAACCACAUGCGUCACUACAGUGACGGGCAGGAAACUGCUGGAGAAGAGACGUGAGGAUGGUGAAGUGAUGCAGGUAGAAGAGCUGGACCAGGAAAGCACAUGUGGCUUUGUAGAAGAUACAUCUCUAGACCUUCAAGUUGGUGUUGUCAGACAUUUUCUGCUACUGGGUUCUCAGGACGCGGCCCAUGACAUGGACACGCUGCAGAGACAUAAGGUGACUCAUGUGCUUAAUGUGGCCUUUGGAGUUAACAACCUGUUCCCAGAUCAGCUGGCGUACAAAACAGUCAACAUCCUGGAUGUCCCGGACACGGACGUCACAUCGCACCUGGGAGAGUGUCAACGCUUUAUCGACCGGGCUCAAGAAGAGGGUGGCACUGUGCUGGUCCACUGCAAUGCCGGUGUGUCGAGAGCUUCCUCUAUCGUAAUCGGCUACCUGAUGACGAAGGAGGGGCUGCAAUUUGACGACGCCUACAGGCAGGUGAAGCAGGCAAGGCCGUCAAUUUGCCCGAACCCCGGCUUCUAUCGCCAACUGCAGAACUACAAGCCCCGGGAGAACUAAUGAUAGUCGUAAUACAUCACUGAUUGAAAUGUUUCAGUGAAGAUAUUAAUGUACAGAUUAAUCAGGAUUUCUUGCAUUAAACUAUUUUUUUCUUCUAUGUUGUA